AAUAUAUAUAACGUGAAGCACCCUUUCCGUUGCAUUGGUGGUGGUUGCAAACAUUUGCCCAUGAACACCGUUAGACAGCUUACUAUUUAAUUAUUUAAAAUAUAUAUUACUGUAAAUAUGGAUGACCAGGGGUGCCCACGAUGCAAGACGACCAAAUAUAGGAAUCCGUCGCUGAAACUGAUGGUGAACGUGUGUGGUCAUACACUGUGCGAGAGCUGCGUGGAGAUGCUGUUUGUGCGCGGCUCGGGGAACUGCGUGCAGUGCGACACGCCGCUCAGGAAGAGCAACUUCCGCGUGCAGCUCUUCGAGGACCCCGCCGUGGACAAGGAGGUGGAGAUCCGCAAGAAGAUCCUGAAGAUAUACAACAAGAGAGACACGGACUUCCCCAGCCUGAGGGAGUAUAACGACUACCUGGAGCAGGUGGAGGAGAUCGUCUUUAACCUGACCAACAAUGUGGACAUGGAGAAUACCAAGCAGAUGAUGGAGCAGUACCAGAGAGAGAACAGGGACAUCAUUCAGAGGAACAAAGUCAAACUGUCGCGGGAGCAGGAGGAGUUGGAGGAGCUGCUCCUGGUGGAGCAGCAGGGCAAUGAGAAGCGGAGGCUGGAGUGCCUGCAGGAGGAGCAGAGGCAGCUGCUGACCAAGAGGAAGAACAAGCAGGCCCUGCUGGACGAGCUGGAGAGCUCCCAGUUGCCUGCCACUCUGCUCCUGGCCCAGCACAAGGACCGGGCGGCCCAGCUGGAGAGCCAGCUGGAGAAGCAGCGGCAGGUGGUGAAGCCCACCAUCUUCUCCACGGGCAUCUCCAUGGGUGAGACCAUCUCGCUGCAGCCGGUGGUCCGGAUGGAGGAGGUGCUGUACCAGUACCAGCCUCUGCAGGUGCACACCUACGGACCCCCCGUGCCCCAGCUGGAACAGCUGGGCAGGCUGGGGUACCUGAACCACGUGCGCGCUGCCUCCCCCCAGGACACGGCUGGGGGGUACACCUCGGGCCUGGCCUGCCACAGAGCCGUGCAGGACGCCUUCAGCGGGCUCUUCCCCGCGCUGCACUGACCCCCCAGGGGCACAGACCCCCCCCCCCCCCUUUACCCUGUCUGUGUGUGACGUGAGCCCUGCUCCCCUCACACUGCUGCUCAGAGACCAAUG